AUAAGAACACAAAAGGUUUGCGCUGUAGACAACUACAUUUCCCAGCUAGCUUUGCCCCUACGUCACUUCCGGGGCCCGCAAUAAGGAAUGCUUGUUCGGCGGUAGAAUAAGUUGCUGCCUGUGAAGCCCAGCGAGUAACUAGACGAGCGAGUGGAGGAAACAUGGUGUAAAAACAGCUGAGAUGGACGACUAUGAAGUUGUGCGUCAGAUCGGAGAAGGCGCCUUCGGUAAAGCCUUCCUGGUGCGACCCAAAGGUGCUGCGGGCGCACAAUGUGUGGUGAAGAGGAUCGACCUGACUAAGAUGUCCAGCAGAGAGAAGGAGGCGGCCAAGAAGGAGGUGGGCCUCCUGUCCAGCAUGGAACAUUCCAACAUUGUGUCCUUCUUAUGCUCCUUCCAAGAUGGCGGCAGUCUGUGCAUCGUCAUGGAGUUCUGUGAUGGAGGAGACCUAAUGAGGAAGAUCAACCUGCAGAGAGGAGUCUUCUUCGCUGAACAACAGGUACUGGAUUGGUUUGUUCAGAUCUGCCUGGGCCUCAAACACAUCCAUGACAGAAAGAUCCUGCACAGAGACAUUAAAAGUCAGAACAUCUUCCUCACAGAGCGAGGGAGGAAAGUCAAGCUUGGAGACUUUGGCAUUGCCAGAAUGUUAAAUAAUACCAUGGAGCUUGCCAGGACUUGUGUUGGGACUCCUCACUACCUGUCCCCAGAGAUCUGUGAGAGUCGGCCUUACAACAACAAAACGGACAUAUGGUCUCUGGGCUGUGUCCUCUAUCAACUGUGCACACUCAGACUGCCUUUUGAGGGCAGGAGUCUACACCAGCUGGUCAGUCACAUCUGCAGAGGUCACUAUAAACCUUUGACCUCUCCUUUUUCAUCUGACCUUUGUCUGUUGGUCACUCACCUCUUUAAGGUGAACCCUCGCCAUCGUCCGUCGGUCACUUCGGUCCUGCAGCGUCCUUUCCUGCAAAAAUACCUGCACACUCAGGACAUGGGUCACAAUAACAAAGUAGCAACAAGUCCAGCCUGCAGACCUACACCAGACAAGAAGAAAUGCAAAGCUGCUCUGAAGAAACUUCCUGUUAAACCAGAAUGGAGGGGCUGUGCUGCUGCUAAUUACACACUUCUUCCCCUGCGAGCAGCUGGAGAUGCAGCAUGUCAUCAGAACCACAAGUUUGGACAGUACCAGCAGUUCUAUGUCCAACUGGAUGCUCUGCAGCAGGGAGACUCAUGUUCUCCACAACCUCAUCCACUUCCUCUUCCUGCACCUCCUCCAGGUGAAGACCACCAAGAUCCACAUGGAGAACCCUACAAGCUGGUGGCAGCAGCUCGUGAAGAGUACCUCCAGAGGCGCCAGGAGGCCAACCGCUACAAGCUGAGAGCAGAGAAACAGCUGGGUCUGCGUCCCAGCACGGCAGAGGGCUGCAGGCAGACUGGCCAUCAAGAUGGGGGCAAGCAUACAGUCCAGGACAGGAAGCAAGAGGGCCAGCAGGAGUACCUGAGACAACUGCAUGCCAUCAGACAGCAGUAUCAUCAGGACAUGAGGCAGAUGAGACUCAGGGUCGACGCCCAGCAUGACACCUUUGUGAGGGACCCUCCCACGGAGCACCAAGUCCAAGCUGUACAGGAUGUUGAAGUGGCUCUCAAGGAGAUCCGGGAGGAGACCAGGAAGAAAGACCCGAGGAACAAACACAAAGACCAGAAAGCAAUCAUGUUUGAGAUCCGCCUGGAUGACAGUGAUGGGAUGAAGGACACCUCGGAGGAAGACCAGGGGACACCAAAAGACGGGAUGAAGGACACCUCGGAGGAAGACCAGGGGACACCAGAGGAUGGGAUGAAGGACACCUCGGAGGAGGACCAAGGGACACCAAAAGAUGGGAUGAAGGACACCUCAGAGGAGGACCAGGGGACACCAAAAGAUGGGAUGAAGGACACCUCAGAGGAGGACCAGGGGACACCAAAAGAUGGGAUGAAGGACACCUCAGAGGAGGACCAGGGGACACCAGAAGAUGGGAUGAAGGACACCUCAGAGGAGGACCAGGGGACACCAGAAGAUGGGAUGAAGGACACCUCAGAGGAGGACCAGGGGACACCAGAAGAUGGGAUGAAGGACACCUCAGAGGAGGACCAGGGGACACCAGAAGAUGGGAUGAAGGACACCUCAGAGGAGGACCAGGGGACACCAAAAGAUGGGAUGAAGGACACCUCAGAGGAGGACCAGGGGACACCAAAAGAUGGGAUGAAGGACACCUCAGAGGAGGACCAGGGGACACCAGAAGAUGGGAUGAAGGACACCUCAGAGGAGGACCAGGGGACACCAAAAGAUGGGAUGAAGGACACCUCAGAGGAGGACCAGGGGACACCAGAAGAUGGGAUGAAGGACACCUCAGAGGAGGACAAGGGAACCCCAGAGGACCAACAGGAAGUAGACCAUCACAACCUGACAGAAGAGAGAGACCACUUUCAUCCAGCCAGGAGGGUCUGGACUCAGCGGCCCCCUCAGACACUGCUGGAGGCUCUGGUCCACAUGGACUCGUUCUCCAGCACUACGCUGGAGAACCAAACAGGUGAGGGGGACCAGGCAGGUCGCCGCCAGUGGGUCCACCGCCUCCCCAGAACCCUGCUGGACGCACUUGCUCAAGCCGACCCACGGACCACCACGGUGGACUUGGCGAGCGCAGACUCAGACAGGGAGGAAAUGGAGGACGACUCGGAUGUGGAACUGGACCAAGUAGGCCUUCAGCCCGGGUCGGAGCACGACGACGACGACGACACGUAAGUUGACACGCUGCUAUCGUUUGAAGACAGGAACUGUUCU